ACCAUCAUCGAGGAGGCCGAGGGGGCCCAGGGCGCCCAGCACCUGCAGGAGGCCAGCCCCCCGGGGCGUGGUGACCCCCAGGCCGACCCCCAGGCCGCCAGGCGCCUCCAGGAGCAGGCUCUGCGUGCGGCCACCAUGGAGGUGCAUGCCGGGCGAUUCCAGGGGCAGCCGGUGUCCGUGUGGGACGUCCUCUCCUCCUCCUACCUGAGCCAGGCCCGCCGGGAAGAGCUGCUGGCCCAGCACGCGGCCGGCGCCCUGGCCCUGCCGGGCCUGGUGGCCGUCCUCACCCAGGUCGUCGAGGAGACGGAGCGACGGCUCAGCAAGAUGUCCUUCCCGGGCCUGAGGCGCCAGGUGACCGCGUCCCAGCUGGGCGUCUCCCGGGUCCUGGACCCCGAGACCCUGCAGGGCCUGGCCCAGGGCACCAAGAGCCCCCAGGAGGUGAUGAAGAUGGACUCGGUCAAGCGCUACCUGGAGGGCACGAGCUGCAUCGCGGGGGUGCUGGUGCCCGCCAGGGACCAGCCCGGGAGGCGGGAGAAGAUGAGCGUCUACCAGGCCAUGUGGAAGGGCCACCUGCGGCCCGGCCUGCUCAGGCCCAGCACGGCCACGCUCCUGCUCGAGGCCCAGGCGGCCACCGGCUUCCUGGUGGACCCCGUGCGGAACCAGCGGCUGUACGUGCACGAGGCCGUGAAGGCGGGCGUCGUGGGCCCCGAGCUGCACGAGAAGCUGCUGUCGGCCGAGAAGGCCGUGACGGGCUACAAGGACCCGUACUCGGGCAGCACCAUCUCCCUCUUCCAGGCCAUGAAGAAGGGCCUGGUCCUCCGGGACCACGGCAUCCGCCUGCUGGAGGCCCAGAUCGCCACGGGCGGCAUCAUCGACCCCGUGCACAGCCACCGCGUGCCCGUGGAGGUGGCCUACAAGAACGGCUACUUCGACGAGGAGAUGAACCGCGUCCUGGCCGACCCCAGCGACGACACCAAGGGCUUCUUCGACCCCAACACGCACGAGAACCUCACCUACAUGCAGCUGCUGCAGAAGGCCACUCUUGACCCUGAAACUGGCCUGUUACUUCUCUCUCUAUCUUCAGGGUGAAUGGACUUUUUGUGGGGGGGGAUGUUAAUUCUCAAAUAUAUCUUACUCUACUCUUCAAGAUUUUAAAAUAUUCUUUAAUUUGGUUUCAGUUAGUUUUUAAAAUGUAUACAUUUUUUAUUUUAUGGCGAGAGG